AUGGACGGCCAGGGUGGGUCGGCAAACAACUCGAGCGACUUUGUGCGCAAGCUGUAUAAAAUGCUGGAAGACCCUUCAUACUCUUCGGUGGUACGUUGGGGCGAUGACGGCGACAGUUUUGUGGUCCUGGAGAAUGAAAAGUUCACCAAGUCCAUUCUGCCGAAACACUUCAAACAUUCCAAUUUCGCGAGUUUCGUUCGGCAACUGAAUAAAUACGAUUUUCACAAAGUGCGACAGAACAAUGAGGACGGUGCAGCGUCCAUGUAUGGCGCCAACGCCUGGGAAUUUAAACAUCCAGAGUUCCGGCAGCAUAACAAGGAAAGCCUAGACAACAUCAGACGAAAAGCCCCAGCACCUCGAAAGCCGUCAAGUCUCAACGACGAACAGAUUCCCAUCCAACAAAUCGACCUGAUGAACCAACAAAUAGUCGCACAGGCACAGCAAAUAGAGAGUCUCGUGUCGUGCAACAAUCAACUUCAAUCACAGUAUCAGAUGGUGGCUGUGGAAAUCGUCCGACUCCAAAAAACGGUUGUCAACCAUGAAAAAGUUAUGCAGGAUGUUAUGGUGUUCCUGCAAUCUGUCGACGCGAAGCAGCGAAGGGACAGCAAGCAGCUGUUUGCUCCACCAUCGGACUCUGCACAAACAGGCACAACCUUGACUCCCACCAGCCAGAGUAUGCCUCCUCAGGAUGAAGACACCCCAGCGUCUCCCUUGCAACAUGCUGCGAAGCUCUUGAACGAUAUCAAUGCCGAUGGGCAAUUCAACAUCGCAGCGCUCGAACAAAUGCACCCCAAUGUUCAUACCCCGCCAGCAGGACAGGAUCCUCGGACUGGGCAAUUCCGUGGGCCUAAUUCUGCCCCUCCAAGCGGUAGCAUGGCAUUCUCGAAGAUCAACCCAGCUGAAUUAGAGACGGUGGUAUACCCAAUGGGGACAACCAAUGGAAUUGACCCCAUGUCCAGCGAGUACAUACAUAAUAUCCCUUACCCGUUGCCACCAAGAGACGGUUCAGAUCCCCGGACACAAUUUGCCGACACGCGAAAGAAGAGCGGAUUAUCGGAUCCUGGAUGGAGUCGACCGCCGCGAAUCCUCCUGGUCGAAGACGAUCCGACCUGCCGACAGAUUGGCGGCAAAUUCUUGCACUCGUUCUCGUGCGUUGUUGAUUCGGCACUCGACGGGCUAGAGGCCGUCAACAAGAUGCAGGAAGGAACCAAGUACGACAUGAUCUUGAUGGACAUCAUCAUGCCCAACUUGGAUGGUGUUUCGGCCUGUCAUAUCAUCCGACAAUUCGAUCGCACACCAAUCAUCGCGAUGACAUCCAACAUUCGAUCGGACGACAUUCAGAUGUACUUCCAUCACGGCAUGGACGAUGUUUUGCCCAAGCCGUUCACGCGAAAAUCACUGCUUGAUAUGUUGGAGAAACACUUGAUGCAUCUGAAGAUGAUGCCGCAAGGGAUGGAGCCGCAGCCACUGUCAGCGACGACUGCUCCGUCAGGGGCAGCAUCGUCAACGGCGCACUCUGUCCGGGACGAUAUGUCUGCAGGGGCUUCCCCAGCGGGAUCGAGCGGCACAUGGAAUUCACCCAGCCAGUACUCGGGAGUGUCACCAGUAAAUCCCAACAUGCAUUACGCCGGCAUGGGGCAACAGCAGCACUACGUGGAUGCGAAUGGAAACCCGACAUCCUUUCAAGCCGGACCACAGACGCCCGUAGGACUGAGGGGACCCGGUAUGGUAACGGCGCAGCAGCAGCAUGCACACAGGAGAGGUCAUUCGGAGAUGGGUGGAGGAUCAGAUAUGGGAAACUCGAAUAAACGCCAACGCAUAUACCCACCGCAACAGCAACCAAUGGCCGCCCCUAUGCGGCAGUGA